AUGAAAUGCUCAUUGUUAUCUGAAUACAUUGAAACCGUUUACGGCUUCGCCGGAAGUUAUACCUAUUGGUACUCAUAUUAUUGGCUGUAUGGCACAGACCAUAAACAUUUUGAAUUCAACGCUGCUGACGAUCAUCAUCAAUUCCUUACCCCGUCAUCGGAUCUUAAUCCCACGAAAAUUAACUCCCAAGGCGUCGUCUCCUCCCAUACAACUCUUACAUUGAAUGAUAAUAAUAAUGAUCCCAUUCAAAAUGAUGAUUUCUCCUAUUGUAUUCAACCCUUGACAACUACAAAAACAUUAGAUACUCCACAAUUACAACACACAUAUUUGAAUCUAAGUGCAGCAAGCAGUGAAACCAGUCUUGCUCGACCACUCCUCAUCGAACAACAUCAAGCAGUACCUAUCUAUGAAUCCCCAACAAACAACGAAGAUGAACGAGCCGCUUCGUCGGCAUCAUCGACAACAUCAUCAUCAUCUUCAUCGAACAGCUCAAACAUUUCCAUCGUACCGAACUGUCGUUCCUAUAUGACACUCUACUUCACUGACAUGCUUAUAUCUGCAUUUAUCAUCACACCAUUUGUUAAUAUCCAUUGGCGUGGUGCAUGGGAUCUACUCGAUAUACAUUUACUACCAGAUUAUCCUCGAACAAGUGCAUUGAUUUCUUUGGGUAUCGGCUAUUUUAUGCUCUAUAUGAUUUAUUUAACACAAGAUUAUCUACAACGAUUUUACGAAAAACAUCGACAUAAUGUUUUGGGGCAAAUAAUGACAAGAUUAUAUACUUUAUUACUUGCACUAGCGUACAUAAAUCAAUGGCGUGGCCUGUGGAAUUUACUAGAUUUAACGAGUAAUGAAUGGUAUCAUUUGGUCGGUGAAGCUGGAAUUUGCAUAAUUUUCCUUCUAUUGAUGAAAUCGGUUUACAAUCUGAACUCAGCACCUUUUCUCAUCGGUAUUGACACUGACAGUUAUUUUCUACUUGGCUCGAAAUAUACCAUAACAACAAGUCAUUUUUUUCAAUACACAUUCGAUUUUUUCUAUUAUGAAUUUGUUGAAGCGCCACUCUUGAUUGUUACUUGGCGUGGGCUAUACAAUCUUUCCGAUUCUUAUAUCUUUCCCGAAAGUCGGCAACUCUCGAUGAUUGUAUCGUUUGCAAGUGGCUAUCUGCUAUACUUUCUUCUUGCACUCAUACAAAUUCCUGUUGUUCGAUGCUUAAUCAAGCAACGUCGUCAUAUUUUACAUGCAAUCGUAUCCAAUGUAUUCCACUUGAUUGCAUUUCUAAGUGUUGUUCAAAUAUGGAGAAGUCUGUGGAUUAUUUGCGAGCAAUAUUUGAAUAUUACAGGCUAUCACAAUACUACUCUUUGGCUUUGCUAUGGUGUUGCUUAUGUCGUGUUGACAUGUGGCUUGGCAGCAUGUUCAUUAAAUGGACCUGGUGGAUCCAAGGAUAAUUACAUUGAUGAAGGCCCAAUACUUCUAUUCAAGUUCGAUUAUUUCUCCACAUUAUUGAAACAACAACACACAGAUGAAACCGUACCGAGUCAAACUUCAUCUCAAUCCGGUUUAAUUCUCUGGUUAAUCGUGCAUGUUCUGAGACGUAAGGAGCAACGUCGAAGAAAUACUCUUCUGAAUGAAUCACGAAAGAACUCGAUAGUUAAUGAGAAUGUAAUACCAACUAUCUCGGAAACAUUGCCAGCGAAUUAG